AUGAUGCUUCAACUUCGACACCCUCCAAUGUCCCAAACUGAUUUAUUCUUUAUGAAUCCUCGUGUUCAUGAAAUUGUUGAUGAGAUUGUGUCUCUUGUAAAUUGGGUAAGCAAAGUGCCUAAUGGUUUGGAUGAUGAUGAUAUUGAUGAUAAUGGUGCACCUGCAAAAGAGAUUAAUGUUGUAGUUGGUGAGGUUCCAAGGAUAGGUUUUGAGCAUGUUUUGAGUAAUGGAAAAUCUAAAUGCUCCCUUGCUAUGGAUGUUAGUCUCUUUGGUGAUAAAGUUACAUAUGUAACUGAAUAUAUGAAGUCAAGUAAUAAGGAUAUGAAGGUUUUGGAUGCAGUUGUCCAGGAACUUGUUGACUACUGCAUUAGUGAUUAUCAUGGUUUCGAUCUCAAUGAGGUGUUGGUAUCUUUUGGCAAACCAUUUGAGAUUACAAGGAAUGAAUUCCUUUCAUUAGGUGCACCGGCUAUUGCUAUAUCUUCUGCUAUUAUUGAUUGUUGGGCUAUGUUGCUUAAUGAAAACCAGAAGAGUAGUGCACAUGGACCUCAAAAACUAUAUUUUGGUGUUUCUCAAAGUGCUUUUUUACUGAAAGUUGCAAACACAGAUAGUAACACACAAGACAUUGACAAGCUAUUUGACAUUUGGUCAAGAUGGUUGUUCAUUCCUUGCAAUGAUUUUGAUAUUGCAAAUGUUGAGUUGAUAUUUGUUCCUAUACUCUUGAAUGAGCACUUUUUCCUAAUUGUUGUGAAUUGA